AUGGAUUCACAAGAAGACAGUGUGAGUUUAGAGAAAAGUAUUGUAAGCAACUCGAAGAUAUCUCAACAUUGUGAAAACUGUCAACGCAACAUCAAAAUGAAAUGGAAUUGUACGAAUUGUAAGAAGAUUUUGUGUUACAACUGCAAAUUUUUGCACUCAAAGAGCAAAUCGACGAAAGCUCACGUGAUUGUAGAAGUACGAACCUUCGGCAAAGGUACUAAUGACCUGAAACCAAAACAUUCAAGUUCGCCAGCGUUUCAUCCGGGACCUCCUACCAACCGCUCGCCAAGUGUAGGGAGUUCCAUAACAAGUUCAAGGAUAAGAGAAACCUGCAAGGACCAUGACGAGGUUUUGCUCUUUCACUGCAACACAUGCUCAAAACCAAUUUGUAGUGAUUGUAUAUUGGGCACACAUAAAACGCAUGACUUGAUCAAGUUAGAAAUGUACAUAAAAACCGAAAAACUCCAUUUACUACAAGAGGUGUCGGAAGUCAAGAAAACUCAUCUUUUGGAGUUGAAGGCAUUGCUUCAAAACUGUACUUCUAGAAGAAAGGCUUCUGAGAUUGGACUGAAUGAUGCUUACGCUGAAUUGAACGAACACGUAGAAAAGCUUAUUACAGACGUCAAGAAUGUAGCGGACGGCAUUGCCGACGACUUUAAGAGUCUUCACACUAAGAACGAAUCAGAAAUAGACAAAACGCAAAAACAGAUUCAUGAGGCAUUAGCCAUUGUUAACGAAGCUAUUUCUUUGUGUGAAAAUAAUUUACAUGCAUCUGUUUAUCAGGUUUACCAGGCCAAAGAAAAACUGCUUCAUUUAAAUGAAGGAAUGAUAUUGCCAAAGGAGCCCAAAGUUCUUCCGAUUGAAUUUGCGAAAGGGCAUAUCAAUAGAUCUCUUCUUGGUAAAAUGAUUUGUACAAGCAUUGUCAAAGAUGAAGAUGUAGAAGAGAAGGCGGAUACAAUCGAGGAACCAGUUAGACCAAAAAGCAACUUACCAAAGAUCCCAAACGAUGAAAUGGAUAGAUACAACCUGUACAAGGUCGGCAUAAGUUGUCUGUCUGUUGGCACUGACCAAUCUAUCACUGUACGAGAUUCAUAUACAGCCAAAGGGAUUCAGAAGAUCUUUAUCAAACAAGGCCGGAAACUUGACGUCAAUGAACCUGUGGAGUUUGAUAAGUACGUCACAGAUAUUUGCUGCUACGAUACGAAAAGCACUUUGAUAACUUUUGUGAAUACGGGUGCUAUCAAAAUCGCCAAUCACAACGGCAAGAUUGCGACUUUUACGGAUUUAUCUCCUUUGUUCCCAAUCAGCUUAUGGAAGACUUCAAACGGAUCCAUUCUAGUGUCUGUCGUGGAGAGUGAUGAGCUGGAGACAACGGAAGACAGCACCCGUGCUAUUUACAUUCUAUCCUUUACUGGACGAAUUCUGAAGAAGGUGGAAUAUUUUAAAGGAAAGCGAACGUUAAACAGACCCUAUAGAGCUUUAGAGAAUAGUAAAGGCGACAUCGUCGUUAUAGAUUUCAUAGACAUUGACGACAGAGUAAUUUGGAUGAAGAAAGAUGGUGAAGAGAUUUGUUCCUAUAGAGGACACGUCUCUCCCAAAUAUCCUAGACUUAUGGCGGCUCAAGGAUUGGCGUGUGAUAAAAAUAACAAUGUCUACAUAUCGGAUGCUCGAAACAACGUCAUACAUGUCGUAGACGGAACUGGAAAAUUCAUCCGUUUCAUUGAGAACGACUUAGAAAGAUUUUUCUCCCCUUGGGCGCUGUGUGUCGAUGAUAACAAGCUGUGGAUCGGGACUUCUAAUGGCCGUCUCUACCGCACAUUUAUUACAAUCAAAUAA